AUGGAGAGGGUACAGUUCCAGCAGGAGCAGAUGCUCCCUGAGCUCAAAGACCUCGUUCGCAAAGGUCUCUUCACCAAGGAAGAAACGAAACAGAUCCUCCGCCAGCGCACGACCUACGAAAUAGCCCUCGUCCGGCGCAUCCCCAACAAAAACGACUUUCUGCGCUACGCGUCCUACGAGAUGUCGCUCGAAACUUUACGCCGCAAACGGGCUGCACGGUUGAACGUCAGAGGCGCACCGAGCAUAUCCGACUACGCGCUACAGAGGAGACAACUACAUAUAUUUGAGAGGGCUGUGAGCAAGUUCAAGAGCGAUCUGGGCUUGUGGCUCGACUAUCUGCGUACGGCCCAACGGCUCGGUGCGCGCGCGUUAUUCGGGAGGAUCGUAGCGCGCGCAACGCAACUCUAUCCCCGCGCGCCGGCGCUAUACGUUCUUGCCGCUCAACACGAGCUCAGACAUCUGGCGCCAGGUGCUGCACGUGCGCUGUUGCAGAGAGGGAUCAGGAUGUGCGGGGACCGGGUGGAGAUGUGGAGGGAGUACGUGAGGAUGGAGAUCGGUUUCGUCGAGGCUAUGAGGAGGAGAUGGGGCGUCUUGGGCAUCGCACCCGGCGAAGGAGAGAAGAUGGACGUUGAUGAAGAAGAGCAGCCGAACGAGGCGGCACAGCGCGCUAUCCUCGCCGGUGCCAUCGUCGAGGAAGUCAUCGCGUCCGCCGCGAAGGCCUUGCCCAAGCUUGAACUCUUCGCUGAGCUCGCACGCGCCAUCCGCGCGUACCCAUGUCCCGCUGCACUACGAGAGUCACUGCUCGAUAAGCUCUACGCCGAACUCGCCCUCACGCUGCCCGAUGCACCAGGCGCUGUGCGCAUGCACGCAACGCGCGCUCUGGACGCAUUCAUCGACCCUGUCGCGUCCACAGAGUCCAACGAAGUGAGAACACCAUUCUCCGAACUCAACGGUAUGGACUCUGGCGACGUGAAGGGCAAGGGCAAGGAAAAGGAAGUGCCGAACCUGCAGAGCGAAGCAUUCGUCGACGCGUUGCGUGCCGCCAACGAGGAGCUCGCGUCAAAAGCAAAAGGCAAUGCAGGCGUCGCACGCGCGUACGCCGCGUUUGUCGAAGAGUGGUGCGGAAGGGAGAUUGAGGAUAACUUGAAACUAUACUUGGUCGCCUCCCUCGGCGCACUGGCCCGCAUCAAGAAAAACCAUCCACCACCACCCGCCUCACUCCUUGCUGCCCAUCUCCGCCUCAGCACCUCUCUCCUCGACACCGCAAAUCCUCCUCUACCCGCCGGAAAAUUGCGCUCGGCCGCGCGCAAAUACGCCGUCGCGCGCCCGCAUUCACCUGACGUCCAGCUUGCUCGUCUAAACGCUGAGAAGGCCGCAGGUGCGAGUGAUGAUGACUUGAAGGAGGCUUGGAAGGAUGCCAGGAGAGGUGUUGGUGCCGGUGUCAAGAUGGGGAGUGCUGGUGAAGAAGAGAGUGAGGAAGGGGAGUGGGAGGAGAUGAGGAGGAAGGUGUGGAUCUGGGGUCUGGAAGAGAUCGGCGAGGACAGUACGAUACUCGAGACACUUCUCCGAGAAUCGCUCACGGACCCCCUUCUCCGACCUACACAUGACGCACUUCUCAUUCGCUACGCCCUUCUCGCUCAUCGUCAAUCUCAAUCGACAACAAAAACGACUCUUGACCGUUUGGCGCGUCUCUUCCUGCCCACAUCCUCAACGUGGGCCUCCAUAUUCGAAGUGCUCGCCGACCAAGACACUGCAGAUGCUGACACGCUCUACACCACUCUAUCUGCUGCUCAUGCGCAAUGGAAAGCGGCGAGCGGAGGUACGGACGCUGCGAUACGAUGGGCGGCCUGGUUAUUGGAACAUGGCAAGGGCGCAGAGGCGUUGGUUGUUGUCAGGGCAGCCGGGAAGGAGGCGGAAAGGAGAUGGGCCGGGAUGCUGGCUGAGAGGGAGGAAAGGACGGAGGACGAUGUUGGGGAGGAGGAGAGGGUCGUAGAAUUGGAAGAGAUCGAGGUCGCGUAA